GGGUGAUUGGCAGCAACGUCCUGGGACCGCCAAGCUGGGAGCAGGAGGAGCAGAGGAAGACGCCUGGCUGCCUCGCGGCCGAGUGUUUUUUAUGGACCAUGUGCUGCUAUGUACACCUGAAGUACUUGAAAUGCAAAUUUGGAGACACUUUGCCAUCUAAAUGCUUGGCUGGAUUAAGCGCCUAAUUAGGAUGGUUUUUCAACAGGUUGGAGUAAACAUGCAGUCGGUACUUUGGUCUGGGAAGCCAUAUGGUUCAUCUCGGAGUAUUGUACGGAAAAUUGGUACUAAUUUAUCUCUGAUCCAGUGUCCCAGAGUUCAGUUUCAGCUUACCAGCCCCACAACAGAAUGGAGCCCCAGUCACCCCGGAGAGGAUGCAGUGGCAUCUUUAGCUGAUGUUGGAUGGGUAGCCGAAGAAGAAGGAGAGUGCUCAACAAGACGAAGGACAGAGGUCAGGUCAAGGCAGCCCCUUCAGGAUGACCUUCCUUUCCUUGAGAAACCCCCAAGCAGGCAGCUUUCCUUACCAAACCUGUCUCCAGAAGAACCUCCACUGAAGACGCCCCUGGCGAAUGAAGAAGCGCUGCAGAAGAUCUGUGCUCUUGAAAAUGAACUCGCUGCUCUCCGAGCGCAGAUUGCCAAAAUUGUGACCCUGCAAGAACAGCAAAAUCUCCCUGCAGAUUCUAGCACAUCUGUUACCACAGCACCACCAUCUGUCCCACCACCUCCCCCUCCGCCACCCCUCCCUCCGCCAGCGCCCCAGCAGAACACAUCUGCUGUCGAUCUGAUCAGAGAGCGGAGAGAGAAAAAAGCUGGUGCUGGAAAGACGUUGGAUAAGCACAGCCCAAAGAAACCUGCUAUGCCAAACAUGCUAGAGAUCCUUAAAGAUAUGAACAGUGUAAAACUUCGGUCAGUAAAAAGGUCAGAACAAGAUACAAAGCCCAAACCUGUGGAUGCUACUGACCCUGCUGCCCUUAUAGCAGAGGCUCUGAAAAAGAAAUUUGCUUACCGGUACCGAAGCGAUAGCCAAGAUGAGGCUGAAAAAGGAGUUCCAAAGUCUGCGUCAGAGGCCCCUUCAGAAACAGUGCUGUUUGGGCCACACAUGUUGAAGUCUACAGGAAAAAUGAAGGCUUUAAUUGAAAAUGUUUCAAAUUCCUGAGAAACCUGGUUCAGCUGUUGGUUUGUUAGGCCCAUUUGGCUAAUAGAAAUCAACACUGUUUAGUAAAUACCUGAAUUUAACAUUCAGUAGUCUCCUUUUAACUCUACCUAGAGGAUUAAGCACUAGCAAAGGCACUCUAUCAGGCCAGUUCUGAAGUUUUCCAGAACAUACUUAUAUUCUGAUGUAAUAUGUUUUUAGUGUAUAGUCAGGAUGUUUAGGCUUCCAGUUUUGAAAACAUAUGGAUUUCAGAAUGAAGAAAGGACAUUUGUAGAUGGAUGUUUUAAACUCAACACUAAUUUAUCUGUACAAGUGUUCCAUAUGCAUAUACUUGGAUAUAGGCAGUCUAUGUAAAAUUAUAUAAUGAGGGUGCUGCUAUUUGUUUUCAUUGACCAUUUUACUAGUCAUUGACGGAAGAGCUGGCAUGACAGUUUGUUGGAAUGAGAUAUUGUUAGAACGAGAUUGGAAUCUUCUUACCUCAAACAGAUCUUUAAUCUUAGAUUUCCUCUCACAUUUUCUUGGAGAUGGGGUUUGAGUAGGAACUCUAGAUAAUGCUCACUGCCAUCCAUUCUGAGGAAGAAAAGGUAGUUUGCAAACAGGGAGUAAUCAAAGCAUUGAAUUAAAUUAAAUCUCUUUUCAAAUAAAACCCAGAAUAUUCCAUCUUUUUCUUUCAGUUUAAUAAAUGGCAUCAUAAAAAUGACUUGUUACUAAGUUAAUACUUCUGGAAAUUGUUGGCAUAAUGGAAUUUAAAACUUUUAACAUUGGUAAAAUAAGUAGCUUUAAAAUGGAACACUGAAUAGGCAAAAACAUGUCUUAUAAGGUGUUCAUCAUCAGUCAGAAUGCUGUUCUGUUGAAUUACAUUAUGUGUCAUAAACCUUAGCUGUUAGAAAGUGGAGAACUGUCUUUCUUACCUAGUGCUUCUAAUGAAUUGCUACAAGUGAUCAUUUUUAAAUACUUGAUAAAUCUUCAUGAUUAUUUCUGUUAAACUCAGCUAUAGUUAAUGCCAGAAUCUCCUACCAUGAGUAAAUAGUAUUUAAAAUUGUAUUUCCUCUACAGGGUGGGAGAUGAAAAGAGCAGAUAAGACCCUAACUUUUAAGUUAUUGAAAAUAUGUGCAAUGUUUUAGAUGUUAGCAAAUAUUAGUUGAGAUAAUUUACAUGGUUUCGUUAUUCAGCUUAAAUUUGAACUGCUGUUUAUGUACAUUGUUUCUAAUUGUUUCAUAUGCUUUAAAAAUUCUGCCCUUAAACGAAAUUCAUGAAGUUCACCUGGCACACAUAUUUUUGACCUAAGAAAUUUACAUUUGUAUCAGUAUUGAAUUUUGGCCAGUGCUCCAAUAGAAGGAAGUUACUGUUUUGAAAUAAAGAAAACUUUGUCCAUGGACUAUAUAUAUUUUUCUUUUCUUUUUUAUGAUAGGUAGAUUCUUUUAUAUUACACAGGAGCUUAUGAGUCAUUUGCUUUCUACGUUUUUCAAGUGGUAAUGUAUUUCUUAGAAUAAAUUACGUUGUUCCUCCUUCACUUUUCUCUCAAAGGGAUUUCAGCAUUAAAACAGGGCAGUCACUUGGGGUGACUUUCCUCAGCAUUCCACCCAUCA